AUGUCUGCCGCAAAGGCUGCCCGCGUGGGCGAGGAAAUCUGGAAGACACGGAUAGACAAGGUCAAUGCCGAGCUCGUGACCCUCACCUACGGCACCAUCGUCGCUCAGCUAUGCAAGGACUACGACAAUGACUACAUUGAGGUCAACAAGCAGCUCGACAAGAUGGGCUACAACAUUGGCCUGCGCUUAAUAGAGGACUACCUCGCAAAGUCGGUGUCCAUGAAGCGCUGCAACAACUUUCGCGAGACGGCCGAUAUGAUUUCAAAGGUCGGUUUCAAAAUCUUCCUCAACACCACACCCAUCAUCACCAACUGGACCUCCGACGGCAAGCAGUUCUCCCUCGUCUUUGACGAGCUCCCCCUCGCCGACUUUGUCGAGCUGCCCGACGACGGCCGCGCCCAGGACGAGCUGUGGUACUCCAACAUCCUGUGCGGCGUACUUCGGGGCGCCCUUGAAAUGGUCCAGGUCCAGGUCGAGGCCCAUUUCAUCAGUGAUGUCCUGCGCGGCAACGACACCACCGAGAUGCGGAUAUCCCUGAUCCGCUACAUUGACGACGAGCUGCCGCCAGAAGAUGACUAG